AUGUCUGAAUACUGUCCUGUUUAUGCUCCAUUUUUUGGUACUAUGGGUUGCGCUGCAGCCAUUGUUUUCAGCUGCUUGGGAGCUGCUUACGGUACUGCCAAGUCUGGUGUAGGCCUCUCUGCUAUGGGUGUCUUGCGCCCUGACUUGGUCUUGAAGUGCAUUGUCCCUGUAGUCAUGGCUGGUAUCUUGGGUAUUUACGGUGUGGUCGUAUCCGUUCUCUUAUCUGGCGGACUUGCUAUGAAGCAAACCUUGUUCAGCGGCUUUAUCCAAAUGGCUGCUGGCCUCAGCGUUGGUCUCUCUUGUCUUGCCGCUGGUAUUGCAAUUGGUAUUACUGGUGAUGCUGGUGUUCGUGCAACCGCUCAACAGCCUAGAAUGUUUGUUGGCAUGAUUUUGAUCUUGAUUUUCGCUGAAGUUUUGGGUCUUUACGGUCUCAUUGUCGCCUUGAUUCUCAACACCAAGGCAUCUGGCCAAGAAAACGUCUGCAACUAA